CGCCCUCACCUCACGCCAACCGCCGCCGCGCGCGCACCCAACGGCCGCCAACGGCCGCCCCUCAGCGCCUCGCCGGCGCGUGCGCAACCGUUAGCGCAGCGCCCCGCCCGCUGCAACCGCCGCUUCCUUCGCUACGGGCUCCGGCGGCCGGGGGAGCGGUGUCGGUGAGGGGCUCGGGGGCGGGGGCUCCGCCGUCUCCGAGGCUGCGGUGACGGCCCUGACCGCCGGCAUGGCCGCGGAGCUCGGCGGCGGCGGGGAGCCAGAUUCCUGUAGCAUAUUAGAACCACAAAAAGAACCAUUGCAAUGCAUAUCAAGAAUAACAGAUCAGAGGCUAAAUGUGGCAUUUGAACAGUAUGAAACGGAUGAAAUUUUGAGCAGCAAUGCUGAGCAGAAAAAUGUCUUUGGAGGUGAUGGUAUAUCCGGAUCCAGGAUAAAGGACCAAAGCUUAUCAGCUCUAAUUGUAGAGUAUGAUAAACACCUGGAAGAGAUGAGGGAGCAGCUGCGGAUUUAUGAGGCACAGAUGGGUGAGAUGAGACGAAAAUCUGAGCAAGUCACCAAGGAAAAUGAAAGGCUUCAUGCAGAGUUGAAAGAGGUUCUUGAGACACAACUGGAGGCUCUUCCUUUCAUGCCUCUGGGAACUGAUCUUCCUGCAGAUGAAGGAAUAAUGAGAAACCUUCAAGAACAACUACAACUGACAAAUCAAGAAAAAGAACAUGCAAUAGAGCUCUGGCAGACUGUAUCACAGGAGCUUGAUCGCCUGCGGCAGCAGUACCAGGAACGCAUGACUGAAACACAAAUCCAUGUGGCUGAAAGACAAAAGCAGAAAGAUCAGCUGACUAGCUUCCACCAGCUGACUCAGCAGCUACAGGCAGCCAAUGAGAAAAUAGAGUUGAGCAAUCAACAGUUUCUACAAACUGUAACGGAACAGAAUGUGGAACUAGAGCAGCUACGAAAGCAACUGAGGCAAGCCAAAAUAGAUGGACGGACAGCAAGUGCUAAGAUUGAUGAAAUGACCAGAUUGACAGAGAAGCUUCAAGGCCAAUUGGAGAGAAAGGAAGAAGAUGUGUUAUCUGCCCAGCAAAGAGAAGCAGCAUCUGACAAACGCUUGCAACAAAUGCAGUCUAGUAUAAAACAAUUAGAAACAAGGUUACGUGUUACUGUCCAAGAUGCUGAACAGCUGAGAACAGAAAGAACAGCCCUGGAAAAACAGAUUAGAGAGCUUCAGACAAAGUACACUAAUUUAGAAAGGGAGAAGUAUGAUGCAGUUGCAAAAGUCCAAGAUUGCAUACAGCUCUUAGAAGAAGCUAACCUACAAAAAAGUCAGGCACUGUUUGGGGAGAAACAAAAGGAAGAGGAAAUUGAAAAGUUGAAAAAUGAAAUGUCUCAACUUGCAGAAGACACUGCUGCAAGAAUUAGGAAGGCAGUAGACUCUGCAAAGAAACAAUAUAAUGUACAGAUUUCUCGACUAACAGAAGAACUUUCAGCUCUCCAAAUGGAAUGUGGUGAAAAACAGAGUCAAAUUGAACGAGCCAUUAGAGAAAAGCGAACAGUGGAAGAAGAACUGGAAAAAAUUUACAGGGAAGACAGAGUACAUGAAUCUGACAAUAGAAGACUAGAGCAACUGCAUCAGAAGUACCUACUUGCAGAAACUACAAAAGGUGACCUUCAGCUGAGUCUACAGACAACGCAAAAUAAACUGAAACAGCUGGAAAUGAACUCUGAGGAAGAGAAAUCUCGUUGCCAGGAAAUUAUCUGUAAUUUGCAAAGCAUUCUGGAUUCAGAAAGAGAGAAGAGUGGUUUUGUCAGUGAACAAAGGUUAAAACUUCAGCAAGAGAACGAACAAUUGCAAAAAGAAAUGGAAGGCUUGAGAAAACUAGCUGUAGAGGCUCAAAAAAAAGCUAAAAUAAAGAUAAGCACAAUGGAGCAUGAGCAUGCUGUGAAAAAACAUGGAUAUGAAGCUCGACUGAAGGAAUUGGAAGACACCAGUCAAAAGUCUACUGCUGAACUUAGACGUUUGUUGGUAGCUCAGCAAAAAGCAACAAAUCGAUGGAAAGAAGAAACAAAAAGUCUUAGUGAAACUGCAGAAGCCAGGAUCAGUAAGCUAAAAAGUGAGCUGAGUCAACAAAAACUUCGUACCCAGGAGCUCAUUUCUCAGCUGGAAAUGGCAAAUGAAAAGGAUGAAAAAUUAAUGACAGAAUAUCGAGAAUACAUCAAUAGGCUUCAAAAGCGACUAAGCCAGGCAGAACAGAGGGCGGCAACUGCAUCACAAAAGCUUAGCGUCAUAACUUCACAGAAGAAAAAAGCUGCUUCGCUAAAGGAACUGGAAAACAUUUAAAAAGAUGUAUUGUGUCAUUCACACCAUGUUGGAGUUAAGAAGAUUGCUGGAGAAAUCUUGUAUUGGAGCAUUAAAAGCAAAUGCAUAGCAAGGCUUGUAAAACUUUGCAUAAACAUUUUCUGUUUUACUCAGGUAAGAAGGAAGGGUGGAUGAAGAUUCUGUCUCUGCAUGAGUAGUAAAGAUAGGGAGAAGACUGCAAAAUGAUGUAAUUAAAGUCCUUUAAUGUAGCAGAUGAAACACUCUGAUACAGUGCUGUGGCAUAUUGGUCAGUUUUGGUCUUAAAAAAAAAAUACCAGCUAUAUCCAGCUACAGAAGUGUUUACAGGCAAUAGAUGUUAUUACACUGAAAUUCUUAAGAAGCUUUGUUCGCAUACUGUUAAUACCACUUUUUUGGUAGUGCAGUAACUUGGGAACAUUUUGAAAAUCUUUUACAAGGUGUAGUAAGACACCAAUUACAUCAUGAAUGUCAAACAGUUGCUGUUUUUAUGGUAGGUGUUGUAACUGGGAAAUGCCUCCGUUGCCUUCCAUUUUUACGAAUUCACUUCAGUUUGUUGUGAUGUCCCUGGGAAACAGUUAAUAAAUAAAGUUAUUUAUUUAUGAUUAUUCUUACAGCUAGUUCUUAAGGACCUUAAUUUUUCUUCAGUUGUGCUUUUUUUUUUUUCCCUCUCCCCUAGUUACAACUUUUCAAUUGUUCCUUGCUUUUGUGUUGACGUGCUGUCUUGGGUUGUGUAUGUCUGGGAACCUUAGUUCUCUGGUACUUGAAUUUGCACAAGGGUGAUCAUCCAGCUUUUACACACUUUUACAUAGUGUGUUUGAAUUCUACAGAUGCCAGUAUGUGACAAUCCUCUUGUGUUCAAGUUUUUUCUUUGAUAGAUGAGAAACUUCAUACGUAUUAUCCUCAAAUUCUAGCUGAACUAUUUUCUUUCAGCGUAUAUUAUAAACGUGAUACAUGUAACUAAUUUUGAAGUGCUGUCAUUUUGAACUAAAUUUAAUUUCUUGUCAUCCCUUUUAAAUGUGAAGAGUGUAGUUCUGUUUUAUGGCUUCUAAUUCAGUUGAUGGAUAAUGCUUACCCUGCUUACCUAGUGCUUGCUGAAAAGCAUUGUUUUGGGAUAACAAAGACCAUGUGUCUGUCAUAGUGGAUCUUCAUUGCCUUUGUGUUUUAGAGGACAGAUGGGGGUUGAUCACCAUGUGGAAGUAUGUUUGUGGCAUCUCCAGAAAAGCAUGCUAGUCUGUUAAAGUAGAGCCUAUAAGAUGGAAGCAACCUCAAGGAAAAAUUCUGAUUACCUUCAGAGGAAGUUAUUACUUCUAGAGUUGCACACACUUCUUUGCUCAUGCUUUUGCAGUUCUGAUAUAGGCCUGCAUCCACCGUAAUCUGUAGUUUUGCUAAGACUUCAAAGAUUUUUAAAGCAAAUGGAUUAUAUUGUCAUGAAACCCCAGACAGUUGUUGCAGCGAGAUUUUCAUCAACCACGUAUAUGAUAUAGAGGGAGGUAAGUACCAGGCACCUUAACUUUCAUUUGUGUAAUGUGCAUCUGAAAUGCUGACAGACAACCUGGAAGAUUUUGUGUGAGCUAUGAAUCCCAGUCACUCCUUAAAGGAUGCUCUGUGAGGUGAAACCUGGCUGAAAUUGGCAGAUAAUUGUGUGGUUUUAAGCAACAGUAUUUUUGUUCCUUUGUUUCUGGAGGCACAAGACUUCAUUAGCUUUUAAUGGCGGCUACUACUCACUUUAGCUUUUGAUGAAGCUCUUGUGUAAGGGUUAUUUGCUGGAGUAUGAAUUACAACACAAGCAUGUGAGAGUAAAGUGAAGGGGCAUCAGAGCAGUCAUGGCAGAUGAAACUGGAAAGAAUCAGAUUCUCUCUUUGAUCUGUCUGCCUGGUUCUCUGAGCAACUAAAAAUUGGCCAGAUAGGAAGGGGUGUGUGGUCUAAGUUUAGCUCAUCAUCCACCCCCUCCACUUCAUUCAGUUUGGCUUCCUCAGGGGUCUUCUGGCACACCGCCCACAAUGGCUGUUCAGAGCUGAAACAGUCGAGAUUUUUCAGCUUAGGUAAGUUUUGUCUUUCCUAGUGAUUUAAUGGAGUCAAAGAGUGGUCUUUGGAAACAUGUCUUGGCUGUUUUACAUUUAUGUAUUUCUUUUUAUAUGUCUUUGAAGAGUCUGGGUUUCCCCUGCCUUCCUUUCCCACCCUAAUGCUAGUUCAUGAGUGUUUUAAAGAUGCUCUAGUGUGAUGCUGUGCUUCCCAUUACAUAAGAAGUGCUAUAGCAACUAACAUCUUGCAUUGCUGAGUACAGGCACUUGGUGGGGUGUCUGUCCAUUCAGCCUGCUUAUCUUGCAGAGUUAACAGGUAAGAAACCUGACUUACCCUUCCAGUGGAACAUGAACGAAGAUUUUGGACUUCGGAAGGACAUUGUAUAUCAAAGAAUUGAAAUUCUUGGAGGUAAGCAACAUGUCUUUGAAGAUACCAAGAAAAAGUAAGUAUGCAAUUUGCUGUUGACUGGGUGGGCACAGCUGUCAGUAAUGAAGCCCUAUACUAUUCCUAAACAAAAUAUUUUCUCUUGCAACCUUAGCAUGCAUUUUGAUACCUGUAGUGAUCCAAAUUAAAUGCCUCUUGUAACCAUGAAAGUUGUUGAAAUCAUUGCAGUUAAGUGUAUAUGUGAAAACCCAAAGUCAUUAUUGUAAACCACUGUUGCAAACAUAUUGCAAAAAUUUACAGCAUUUAUUCACAUACAGACAAAAAGGCACAAUUCUACUGAAUAUUUUAACAAAAAAUACAGCUGUCUUCAACUAGGUCUUUAUAAAUACUUCAAAAAAGGGGUAAAAUAAAUACAGGAUUGGGCCAUGUAAUAUAAAAUAGUCAUCUCUACAUAUACUUUUUAUUUCUAUCUGUUUCUCUUCAUGCACCUUUUUUAAUUAAUUUCAGCUGAAUGGACACCAAAGCUAGGCACAUAGUGAAAAAUCUUCUGUACAAGGUUUUACAAAUGUAAUGACAAAUUUUUCAAUUUUCUGAAAUUAAGAUUUGUACACAACACGUAUAACCCUUCAUUUAGAUUUGUGUGAGUUCAUAACCUAACAAAUGGCAUUCCAGGCAACUUUACAAAAAGUUCAACUAGCCUACAGUUUGACAUAAUACACCAAUCAUAAUCAAAGAUUUCUUGGUCAGUCUGCACAAGGAAAGGUAAUGCUCAGAAACAGAAAUUAAGCAAAUGGUCUAUCCCAAUAGAACAGAGGGCGUGGGUUUGUAUUGUCACUGCUGCUUACGACACCUCUUUGUUGAGUGCUAAGCAUGGGAGACAAAACUAUCCUACAGAUCUGGUCACACUGCAGUCAUCUUACAGCUUUUUGUAAUUGGGGUGGGGGAAAAGAGCUUUUUUGGUUUUGGUUCAGCAUAACUUGAAACGUUAAAAAGCUUAUUAACCUAAACAUCAGGGAGCAGAACAGGUAAGGCAUUAAUUCUGCACAAUGUUAGCAUUCAUAAUAGUGCAAAUUAACAAGAUACCUCUUACAAAUCGGUGUGAGGUUAAAUGUUUACUUAGAAUCAAAAUUUAGAUUAUUCCAUCUAUGGCUUGACAAACAAUUCCUUACAUGGUCGUGAGCUUCUUACAGAAAAUAGCAAUGCCUGCCUUGAAAAUGUUGCUGUAUGUCAAGUAGAACUACCUGCACUUACCUUUUGUCUGUCGGUUGCUGAUCAGGUAAGUGCUUUCAUUUGAUCACAUCCCAAGAGCAACUACAUCAUUUCACGUUCACCUGUGCCCUGUUUAAUUUUAACCUGUGUGAGUCGUGAGGUCAAUCCAACUUCAUGGAUCCAGCAAUGGUAUUUUAGAAAUAUACCAUGUUAAACAAAAUACCCUUUUCUCACCGUCACCCCAAACACUAUCAAAAGGUCAAGACUUAAAACUUUUAAAACACAAAUGACAGGGACGCAUUCUGUCAAAAUGUGUAAGUAAGCGGUAACUUGCAUAGCAAGAUGGGGUGUUAAUAAGCCUUUUUUUGAUUGAAUCCUCUGGAAGACUCAUUUAUGGCAGAGUUCUACUGUAUUUUAGAAUUUUCCCUGCUCAAGACGGAAGGGUCUAACAUUAAAAUGUAAGUGAACGUGGUAAGGGCAGGCUAGGAGUGAAAAAUAAUGGGAUUUUGUUCUUUAUGCCUGUAUUUCUGUAGCACAUUGCCUGCUUAAACUUCCUUUUAACCAGUACAUACCUGACUUAAAUCUAUGCAGAAUUCCAAAUUGACAGGCUUCUAACAAUCCAGUUACAUGUGCACUCAGUACAAAAAGUACAAUAAUGAACUACUAAUAUUAUUGCUCAUAGCUUACUAGUUAUUGCCAUUUGCAAUUAUUUAAAAAAAAAGUAUGCAUAUGAGUUCCCUCUUCCAUCAAAUCUAGUCCAGAAUAGAAUACUUUUUUCUUCAUUUGACUGUAAAGAGCUAAUCACAAUUUAUUGCCUUUCCAUUUUAUUUAAAAAUAUAUAUUUAUGUCCAUUUUAAAGUAACCCUUUAGUGUCAUAAGCUUGGCUUUCCCAGUACAUACCAUUAUUAGUGCAUACGUGGUGGGCUUUGGGAAAUCCUAAUGACUAGUGCCUUAGAAUAAUUUUUCUAAAAUUGUCAAUGUAUUCCAGGAGGCAGGUGACUGACUAAAUGCUGCGGGUUAUGCCAGAGGGCCCAGGAACCCACAAGCCUGCCCCCUCUCUCAGAACUAAGCUACACACUCAGCCUGAGUACCUUGAAGCGGUUGCAGUGUAUGGCAGCUGCAGCCCUGACCUGCCCCUUCCUUUUUCUCCAGUGUAACACCUCAGUUACGUCUGGUUAUCUCGCAGACCCAGUUGCACCUAGACUGGAGCUUGCGGAGGGUUUUUGGCUGCCACCUGUUCUCAAACUGAGUGCAACAAAAACAUUCUGCAAAUGGAGGACAAAGACCUACCACCAAUCCAAGGCAAGUGACCAUUUUUAAGGGGGUGUAGCAGUGCAAUAUGGUUAAAUAAAUAACCAUCUUUGAUUCAAUACACACACUAGUUAAAUUAAGAGCUUGUGCUUUUCUGAAAAGCAGGGGAAGGUAAGAGAAUUGUAACAGUGCUGUUUUGCUAAAAGGGAUGAAUGCAGCCUACUUCCCCCUACCCACCCUAUCCCCCCUAAAUGUUUCUGUGAGUUACUUUAGUGUUCAUCAUCCUGGUUUAGUAGUGAUGUCAUUUCUCUGCUUGCCCGGAAAGGUUGCAAAUAAAGGAGAUAGAAACUUGUCACAGAAUGAGCUGGGGAGCAAACAAAUCCAGCUUUAAGAGUAUGUAAACAUGUUUAUACAGCUUGGGAAUAAUGGGUUAUCAAUCUGUCAGUCCGUAGUCACGUCUAAGAACUCUCCCCUCUCACACCAAUAAAUAAAGUGAAGUUGGCUUGUAGGCAGUGACUCUACUGACCAUGGUGCCGCGCUGCCCCGUCAGGAUGCCAAGAUGCUUCUCCUAAUAAUGUCCGUUCUCCUGCUGAUAGAGCUGUUUGGACUGAGCCUCUGCUGCCUGCAUUUUUUUUCAGCCACUUCAGUUUCUGAGUCGCUCAUUUCUGCAUCGGGGACGUACCCAUCAUUCUCGCUGUCAGGCUUUAGCUUGCUUUUUGCCCUGUCCUUCGGUGAAACUCUGCCCAUGCCCAGGUAGGGGUAGCUGGAGUUCUGGCGGCAUGUCUCCUCUGGGCUCUCGCCCUGCUGCUGCCUCUCCCCCUUCUUUGGAAUUCGGAAUCCGCCCCAGUUUUUCACCGGGCUGGUGGGCGUCGUAGGCACUUUAACUACUGUCUGAUUAGAGUUUACUUUGACAAGACCCCCAUUGCAUUUAGGCACUAUAUCUCUCCGUGUGCCAGGUGCUGACCUACCACUGGAGUGGUUCACAGCCCUUUUGUUUUCUGAUUGCCUCUGAGAGAGUUCCGUGGGUCUCAGUGGUUUGUGGUUGUGUUUGGAAGUUUUUUCCUUUAGUUCUGCCUUGAUUACCUCGCAUUGUGGACGAUUGUCUCUUCUUUUUCUGUGGUCUGGCAUAACUAUGCCGUUUUUCUGCUGUGCUGAUACAAUCCGUGUUUCUGCAAAGGUCUUGUCAAAAUUUAAAAAGCUACCUGGAGCCGCGCCACCUUCCCUCUGGUUGGGCUGCCUCAGCAUGGACUUGCUGUUGUUCCCAGAGCUAUUUCUUACUCUGUCUCUCUUGUGUGUUUUUUUCAAAGAGUGCGUUAGAGAUGUGCCCAUUUGUUUCCUGAAGAAUGCAGAAUGCCAUUUUAAAUCCUCUAUCUUAGGGGCGUCGGGACCCAAAGAUGGACUAUUGAACAACACCACGUUUUCCAUUGACGAGAAUGAGGAAGGCACACCUAAAUGUAAACACACUGGGUUAGAGUCAAGCAGUCCAUGUCUGGGCAAACAUAACUUUUGUUUUGUACUUAUUUAACUCCAUUCUUCAAUAUCUCUUGAUUUUCUCCCUUCGGGUCACCAUGUAAGUGAGAUUACGCACCUAGAAGGCAUCAAGUUGAUGAGUUUUAAAGGAAUCGUGUUUCUAUAAUGCUGUAACUCAGUGGUUCAAAUUAAUUCAGCUUAAGCACGCUACACCAUUUUAACAAG